AUGAGAUGGGGAGCUAUUAAUAUCAAUGAGGGCUACUCUGGGAAGAAGGUAGAGCUGGCAGAGGCUGCAAGUAAGAUGGGGCUGGACGUUUUAGCUGUUAGUGACAUUCGGGUAAGGGGUGAGAAAGAAGAGGAAAUGGGAGAAUACAAGGUCUACGUGUCAGGAGUCAAAGCAGGAAUAGCACAAUGGGGUGUAGGGCUUUACAUCAGGAAAGAAAUGGAACCCAGCAUAGUUGCAAUAAGGUACGUAAACGAACGACUGAUGUGGAUAGAUUUGACAGUGUCUAGCAAGAAAAUUAGGAUUGUGUCAGUAUAUUCGCAUUGUGAAGGGACAGAUCAAGAUAACAUGGGUAGUUUUUAUGAGGCACUCAGUGAUGUAGUUGUUAGAGUAGAGGACAAGGAUACUGUUCUACUCAUGGGUGAUUUUAACGCCAGGAUUGGAAAUCGAACAGAAGGGUAUGAAAAGGUUAUGGGUAAAUUUGGAGAGGAUAUGGAGGCCAACAGGAAUGGGAAACAACUCUUGGAUUUCUGUGCCAGUAUGGGCUUAGUAAUCACAAACUCCUUUUUUAAACAUAAGAACAUUCACCGGUAUACUUGGGAAGGCAGGGGAACCAGAUCUGUCAUUGACUAUAUAAUAACAGAUCAGGAAUUCAGGAAGGCUGUGAGGGACACACGUGUAUUCAGGGGAUUCUUUGAUGACACUGAUCAUUAUUUAAUCUGCAGUGAAAUUGGGAUUGUGAGGCCGAAAGUGCAGGAGAGGUUUCAGAUGUAA